UGCGUCAUCACUCCCUGCGGCAGGAAUGGAAGGAGGCCCGGAGGCCACGCAAAAGCACAAACACCACCGGCCCUCCCGGGGAGGCACCCCGAGCCGCGCCCCGCCUCGCCCCGCCCCGCCGGGCGCCCUGGCUUGCAGGCUCGAGAUGGCACAAAGCGGGGGAGCCCAGGAGCAGGACUUCAUUUCCCAGAGGCACCUUCGGCCUCUGGGCAGCAGAGGCGCGGCCGCAGAGGCCUCUGGGAAGGGACGCCGGGCGGGGCCGCUCGUAGCCACAGCGCAGGGGCAUUGUGCGAGCUAACCGCAGGGCCGGAGGAAAGAGGCCUUUGUCCCUGGCUGGGCGGGGCAGACCUGCAGCGGCCGGGCCGGGGGGCGGGGUCUCCGCGAGGGGGCGGGGCAGAGAGGCUGCCUUCAAGGAUGCUCUGGAGAAGCUGUGCCUGGGCUUGUAUUCCCCGGGUGUGACUGGGGCUGGGGGUGAGAGUAAGCUGCGUGUGCGCGUGCACGUGUCGGCGCUCCCGGGGCUGCUUGCCUGUGGGCUGUUGUGUGAGUGCAGCGAGCUGUAUUUGCACACCGCGGUGUCCUUUGCAGUGCCCCACCCCCACCCCAUUUGGACAGCGGAUCAGGACCUUCCAGGAUUGAACACCGCCAGUGACGGGAAGCUCACUACCUGUCCCAGCGAUGGAUUUCAUGGCUGGGAAGCUCCGGCUUCCCGCAGCGGGGGCUCCAGAGCACGGUGGAGUGUCUGCCCGUGUCCCGUUGGCCAGCGGUCAGGUUGCUGCGCCAGCACGGGGGUGCUCAGGCUUGCGGGAAGCAGUGACCUUCGGGGACGUGGCCGUGGACUUUGACCAGGAGGAGUGGGGCUACCUCCGGCCCCCUCAGAAGGAGCUCUACCGGGAGGUCAUGCUGGAGAACUACAGGAACCUGGUGUCUCUGGGGCAUCUGCACCCCAAACCAGACCUUAUCUCCUGGUUGGAAGAAAGGGAAGAGCCGUGGUCUCAGGGUCUGCAAGAAGGGACGUCAAGGAGAGCCCGGGUCCGGGAAGAAGGGUGCUCCAGCAGAGAGCUGGCAGCCAGCAGAUGGAGCAGCCCAGUUUCCAUGGAAGACUUGGAAGCACCAGCCCGGGACAUUAAACUCGAGAAUGAAGAGACAUUUCAAAAGCAAGAAAGAGGAGAAUUACCUAGGACCUUAGUGAAGAGAUUCAGGGGAAGUAUUCCAGAGAGCCAUCUCUUAGGGAAAGUUCCUGUCCAAGAGUUUCAUGUAUGGAAACACAUGGCAAGCCUUAUAGGGGACCCUCCAAGAAAACUCAUGUUACAGGAAAGAGGUUUUAGGCCAUUGUCUCUUUUUCAUAAGAAAAUCCAGAAUCAGCAAAGAGUAUACAACUAUAUUGAUAUUGAGAAAAGCUUUAGUCAGAGUCUCUGCUGGCCCACAAGACCAUGGAAUUAUAAUGUCUGUGAGAGUCUCUCUCAUUACCACACAGCCCUGCUUCAACACCAGAGACUAAACAAGGGAAAGAAACCUUAUGGUUUUGAGCAAUAUGAAAAAGCCUUCAGCCAGAGCUCAAAUCUUACCCAACACCAGAGGAUUCACACUGGAGAGAAAAUUUUUGAGUGUAAGGAAUGUGGGAAGAGUUUCAAACGAAGUUCACACCUUAUUCAACACCAGAGAAUUCAUAGUGGAGAGAAGUCAUUUAAAUGUAAUGAAUGUGGGACAGCCUUCAGCCAGAACUCGCAUCUUGUAAGACACCAGAGAAUUCACACUGGAGAGAAACCUUAUCAUUGUAAAGAGUGUGGGAAGGCCUUCAGCAGGAGCUCACACCUCAUUCAACACCAGAGAAUUCACACUGGAGAGAAACCUUACAAAUGUAAGGAAUGUGGGAAAGCUUUCAGUCGAAGCUCAGCCCUUACUCAACAUCAAAGACUUCACAGUGGUGAGAAGCCAUAUAAAUGUAAGGAAUGUGGGAAGGCCUUUAGCUGGAGCUCAGCCCUUACUAAUCAUCAGAGAAUUCACACUGGAGAAAAACCAUAUAAAUGUAAAGAAUGUGGGAAGGCCUUCAGUUUUAGUUCUCUCCUUACUAAACAUCACAGAAUUCAUACUGGAGAAAAACCCUAUGAAUGUAAGGAAUGUGGGAAGGCCUUCAGCCAGAGCUCAGCCCUUAUUAAACAUGAAAGGAUUCACAGUGGAGAGAAACCUUAUGAAUGUAAGGAAUGUGGUACAUCUUUUAGUUGGAGUUCAGCUCUUAUUCAACAUUAUAGGAUUCAUACUGGUGAGAAACCUUAUGUAUGCAAGCAAUGUGGGAAAGCCUUUAGCCAAAGCUCGGCCCUUAUUAAACAUAAGAGAAUUCAUAGUAGAGAAAAACCCUAUGAAUAUAAAAAAUGUGGUACAACUUUCCAUUGGACCUCAGCUCUUAUUCAACACCAACAAAUCCACAGUGAAGAAAAAUCUUAAAAGAUGAAAGCCUUCAGCCACAACUCAUCCCUUAUUUGGGAAAGAAUUGUUAGAGGAGAAAUGCCCCUAUAUAAGUGAGGAAUGUAUAAAGCCCUUCAUAUAAAGUUCAAACCUGACUUGAUACUAGAGAAAAAUGGAAUUCCAUGAAUGUUGGAAGACAUUUAAUCAGAGGAAGACUCUCAUUCCAUCACAUCAUUCAUCUUUGAGGGAAAUGUAAUGAAUAACCUUCAGGAUGAUUGAUUAGUUUUAAUUACAUAUCAGCCAAUUCAUCUUAGAAAAUAAUCCCAAGAGGACCUUCAGUCAGAGAUCCAUGAAGUCAUCCUUGAGAGAAUUACUACAAAUGAAAAAAAAAUAUGGGAAAGAAUAAGGUGACUCUUACCCUAACUCCACAUUAUCACUCCAAAACUGCAGAAAUUUAGCAAAUGUUUUUUUAAAAUACAAUUUUUAAAAAGAGCAAAAAAAGAAAUAAUGAAUAAGGAAACUGCAGAAAAACCAGCAGAGAGGCCAAACUAAUGAGCAAAUAAAAAGAAGGCCUCUGCCAUAAGAGAAAAGAAAAAUGUCCAAAAGAAAUGAGUGAUGCCACUAUAGUAGUGACUAGCCUUAAAAAAAAAAAGACUAGAACCACCAGCUUGUGUGAGAAUCUUAUUAAAACAAAAGAAGCUAUGAGGAGAAAAUUGGAGCUCUUAAAGAAGAAUUUCAAAAGAUAAACAGAACCAGUUGUGUAGGAUAAAAAGUAGAAAAUAUUAAUAAGGAAAUUGAUGCCAUGAAAAGAGAACAGCAGAAAUGGAACACAAAAAUGCAAAGAUGCAUCAAGAAAUAACAACAAAGGGAAAAGACAGCAAAAUUGAAAGAACAAUUGAGAACUCCAUAGAAUAGGACAAAUGAGCUCAGAGGCAGAGCUUGGUGAGCCAGUCUCAAUAUCAUUGCUUCUUGCCCCUGAAAUAAAUACCCUGAACACCAUGUUUCUAGAUAUCAUAUAAGACGAUUGCCUGGAAAUAUUGCAAUUAAGAGUCCAUAUGAAGUAGUCAGAGAGAUACCUUCCCCCCAUUCCCACCACCAUUUCAAUUUAUCAAGAAAUAGUCAUGAAGGUCUAGUGCUUCACUGCCAAAGAAAAUUGCGAACUGCCCGAAAGAGGUGGCUCAUUUAUCAAGGAGAACCCUGUGUCUUGUUCCUUGAAGGCUACUCAUUGAUGAUGAAAAAAAGGUAAGGGAAAAAAUGCCAUGUCCUGAGAAGCAAAGAAAAAUGUUUUGUAUCCAAGUAUACCAUCCCACAGCAUCCCAGAGUUGGGCAUGAAAGAAGAUACACUUUCAACUCAGUGACUUCCAUUUGUUUUUUUCUGAGAAAGCCAAAGGUGAACAAGAAAAAAAAAUUCCCGUCCACAGGGAACUUCCAUUCAGGUGGAGGAGACAAUGUGUAAAAUAGCUAGGAAGUUGAAAUUAAUCUCAGUAGGGAAGGCACUCCUAGCCAGAGGUACAUAGAAGAUAUAUACAGAGGAAGUGGAAGUUUAUCUCAGAGGGGAGGCCCUCAUAGCUAGAGAGACAGCAAAAGACUCCCUCCUUGGAUGGGAUUUGAACUGAGUUGAAGGAAGCCAGGAAAGCCAAGAGACAGAGGCGAGAAGGCACGGUAUUCGAGGUGUCAAAGAAAGUUAACGCAAAGUCAUGGAUAGCCCUGUUUGAGGAACAGUGAAAUGUUAACGUACCUGAGAUACCGAAUGUUUGGACGGAUGGUAGGGAAGGAAGAGCCAGAUUACACAGAGCUUCAGGUGCCACAACAGAACAUGAUAAUGUAUCCUGGAGGUAAUAGGGAACUGCUGGAGUUUAUUGAGCAGGGGAGUGACAUGGUCAGACCUACUUUUUAAGAAAAAUCACCAUAACAGCUAAGAGGAGGAUAGAUUGGAGUGGAGACAGACUUGAAACAAGGCCGCCAGUCAAAAGGCUCUUGCAGUAAUCCAGGUGAGACAGGAUGAGAUCUGAACCAGGGUUAUGGCUACGUGUGGGAAAAGACUGUAUACACACACACACACACACACAUUUUAUAUACUGAUAUGUACACAUGCAUUACAUAGAUCUCAAACAAGUCUGUUUGAGAUGUAUGAGUCUGAGAUACCUAUGGGAAAUACAGUAUCAAGAUAUCCAAGGGAUCUCUUGUAACCAGAACCUGGGAAAGAAGACAGAGCUGGUAUAUAGGACUGGAUAUCACGUGCAUAGAGAUGGUCAUUGAAUACAUUAGAGCUCACUAAAUUAAAUAGAAUAGAAUGAAACGAUGCCGCAGGCAGAGUCUUAAGUAAAUAAAGGAUGAAGUGCAUGUGGACAAAGACUCAGGAUUACUAGUUGGAAAGAGAGCUCUAGAAGAGAAUGGCACUAGGAAACCCAAAGGGGUCAUAGCAUCAUGAAAGGAUAGUUCAUCACAUGUCAGAUGCUACAGGGGUCAGAAGAGAUAAGAACUGAGGAAACACCCUUAAAUUUGGCCAUUAAGAGAUCACUGGUGGGGGCAGUUGGACAGCUCAGUGGAUUGAGAGCCAGAUCUAGAGACGGGAGGUCCUAGGUUCAAAUCUGACCUCAGACACUUCCCAGCUGUGUGACCCUGGGCAAGUCACUUGACCCCCAUUGCCUAGCCCUUACCACUCUUCUGCCUUGGAGCCAAUACACAGUAUUGACUCCAAGACGGAAGGUGAGGGUUUAAAAAAAAAAGAGAGAGAUCACUGGUGAUUGGAGGAAGAUGAGGUUGGAAGUUAGGCUGCAGAAUCAAGAAAGGGGAAGGCCUGGUUCUAGAUGACCUUUGCAGAAGUUUAGUCAUGAAGGGAAGGAAAUAAGCAUUCAUUUUUGAGUGCUACUAGAACUUUACAAAUAUGAUCUCAGUGAUCCUUACAACUCUGGAAUGCAGAUGCUGUAAUCCCCAUUUAAGGUUGAGGAAACUGAGGCAAACAGGUGAAGUGAUUCAAGUACCUGAGGCAACAUUUGAACUUGGGUUUUCUGAUUCCAGACCCAGCCCACUGUGCACACUGCUAUUAUAGCAAGUGGAGAUGGUCAGAUCAAGUAGAAGCUCGAAGGAGAGAGGAAGAAGAGAAUGAUAUUCAAACUCGUAGCAGGAGUGAUGGCGAGAAGAAGGAAGCUCAUUACUUGAGCUGAGUAAGGUGGUUGGGGAAUAGGACAUGUCUGUGUGAGAAUCAGAUAAUUUCAGGGAAAACAAGCAGCCCAAAAGGCCAGUCUGGCCCAUGAGGGGAAGGGAAGCAAGGGGGGGAGGAGGGCAUUUUGAUCCGAUGGUUUCAAACAAAAGAAAUGGCGAGGUUGCUGAUGCUAAUGCUGAUUUGAGGGAGUGGGGGAGAUAUCAGAAGUAAUGUAACAGGAUUUGUUAGGGGGGACAUUAGCUAUAACCCCAACUUCAGAUUUGAAUGGCACCUGACGUCCACAUUCUCAGAACAAUUUGCACGAAUCUUGAAGAUGAAGGGCUGUUCUUCAAUAGAUCAUGAGGCAAAAGAGAAGAAACAGAAGCACAAAGGAUCAAACAAGAACUCGGGAAAGUUGGAUGGGGCCAGAACACGGCCUGGAGCCAGCAAGACCCAGAGUCGCAUUCAGCUUCAGCCAUGACCUAGCUCGGUGACCCCAGGGCAAGGCGCUUAAUGGUCUGUAAAAGUGGGGCAGCCCCUGCUUCUCCAGGUGGUUGUGAAGGGUCAAACGAGGCGGUAAACACGAAAGUGUUAUGGAUGCUAGCUCUUACUUUUGACUAACAUUUCAUAGAGAAAUGCACGUGAAAACAACUCGUUCAUCUCACCACAUGCAAGUUGGCAAGAUGGCAAAUUCAGGGUUAGAGGUACCGGGAAGAUGGGUAUACUGAGUCACUAGUGAAGGGAUUGUGAACUGGACCAUAUGUUAGGGAACAUAGUCGAGUCAAUAAAUAUCAUUUAAAUACUUACUAUGUGCUAGACCCACGUUAAAUGCUGGAGACACAAAGAGGCCAAAGACAGGCCCUGCCCUCAAGGAGCUCCUAAUUGAAUGGAGAAAAGACACAGAAACAGCAGCUCUGGGGCCUGGCAGCCAAGUCAAUAUUCUCCUGCAGAAUGAUGAGCUCCUGGAGGUGGUGACAUCCAGGAAAGCAGUCAGGUGGGAAAUGAUGUGGUGAAUUCCCCAGUGGUGAAGGAUGAAAGAAGAGCUCUCUAGGGUCCACCCUCUACCCUUUGAAGAAAGGAGGGAGCGAUCCCAGGAGCAGAGUGAGCUGAGGAGGAGGUAGUUCCAGAGUUGAUUUCAUCUUGCAGAAUGAGGAAUUUCUGGAGAUCAGGAAAUCUAGGAUUGCAGUCAGAUGGGAAUUAGGGGUGAAAGAUUGUUGUUCCUGUUCUUCCACCCCCAAAGAGGUCAAUCUUGGGGAGUAAAGACCGAUUUUCUAUCCAAUGACAGACAUCUGUGUGGGUAGACUAUAUGUACAGAACAGGUACAAAGAUGACCCUGUUUGUAUUACUGGUGAUAAAAGCUACCAGAAGCAAGCCCACGGUUUGGAGAAUGUCCAAGCACAUUGUAAAAACAAAUGGCGAGUUUGAAAAAUAAAACUUUUAGAUGGAAAAACUCUUCAACAAAA